GGCUAGAUUCUCGUGCACAUGCGAUUACACUGGUGAACUCUGUCAGAGUCGUAGCAUUUCCGAAAGACUGAACGGUUUGACGAUCUAGCUUCCUCCGCCCGGCGUAUCUCCAAAGAUGGCCAGUCAACCAGGGUCCGUGUCAGAUGAGAAGCGAAAAGUACUCAUCCCUAUUGACGACAGCGAGUAUUCUCAGUACGCACUAGAAUGGUACGCCGACAAUGUCCACAUGAAGAAUGAUAGAGUUUUAUUGGUUCAUUGCCCUGAAUACCAUCACGUGAUACACUCUAAGUCCGUUCCCACCGAUGGUUCUGCAACAUCCAUGAUGAAAGAAGAGGAGCAAAAAUUGAAGGCACUUUUUGACAAAUUCCAAAGCUUAUUAGAAAAACACGGCAUUCAUGAACACGCCGACGUGAAAAGCGUUCAUGGGAAGCCAGGGGAGGCAAUCGUGAAGGUAUGCCGUGAUGAAGGCGCUUCCAUGAUCAUCACCGGAUGUCGGGGAAUGGGCACGUUGCGCCGCACUCUCGUCGGGUCCACUAGUGACUAUGUCGCACAUCAUUCCCCAGUACCCGUCAUAGUUUGCCGUCACAAAGAGCACCACGAGCGCCACCUACACGGCAAAUCACACUAGAUUUCAUACACGUAUCAGUAUUCACAAGAAGUUGUUAUGUAUGCCAUAGCGAAAUCAGAGGUUCUCCUCUGAUCUGGCUCUGGUGCAUACGUUAUUUUACGCUGAAAUGUAACUUCUGUAUUGACCAGAAAAUCCUAUACGCGUCCAUAAUGAUCCUUAUCAUAAAGGCAGAUCUUCAAAGAUGCACCAACCUGGUGGACGAGUAGGUGUUUGGAUGAAUUCAUAUAGCCCUACGUAAUUCAGCAUUGUCGCCAAAAUAAUCUUCCAUACAGUUUAUAAGGUCCUUCAGCAUUUUUUUUUCUUUUUGACUGAUAGUUACUUCAGUUUACCUCAAUACGGUCAACGCUGUGCAUCCUGAUGUGGGGGCAAAUACGCAGCUUCGGGUUUUGUUUUUGUUCCGAUGAUCUCACAGAAGAUCUCGAAUGUAGGUCAUUGAUAUUGGUGAAAAGAUAUCACUUCCACAGGAAUGACACAGAUGAUAUAAAGGAGAUUUCCAUACAUUACUAAAAGUUUGAAGGUUUCUUAAUCACUUGUGGUAAUAAGUCUUAUGUCACUUGCAUUUGAGAGAACCAUUCUGAUGAACCACCAUAUAGUCUUAUCUAGACGAUCAUGCCGGAUGAAUAGGGCUAAAAGUGUACCUAGCAACUCCAAAACUUGCACUGAAGUAUGAUCAUUUUGCGUUAUAAUCUGCUAUUAUAUAUCAUUUAUUUAGAAGUAAGCAACUAUAUAUAUAU